UUCUUCAUUCACGUUCUCUUUCUUUCUCCUGCCCAGUUGGUUCGAGGCUCCAGUGGGUGUGAGACAGUCUUGUGAGGAGGAGGUGGAGACGCACUUCGCUUAAAUCACAUCGUCGCACUCUGCCUCACAGCCUUCUUGUAGACGUCAAUGAGUGGUAUGCAAGUGUCCUCUGUGCUACAUGCCAGAUUUUGUGAACGUCAUAUUAGUAUUGAUUAAGAUCACCGCUUAACCACCACCACCACCACCACCACCGACAACAACAAAGAUCAACACCACCAAGCAAAAGACCACCACCAGCACCACGAACAAUGUCUGACUGCUGCCGGCGAAACAUUAAGAAGAAGGCGGACAUGGGUAACAAGAGACCAACAGCACCAACCACACGAAGACCCAGCUCCCCCGAGACCUCUCCAGCGGGCCCUGAGCUUCCCUCCACCCCGCGAUGCAUGCACAGCCCCCGCCAGGAGUCCACAGCGACCGACAACCUAGAUCACCUUCUCCCUGCAUGUCGUCUGCUGCGGACUGAGCUGGAUUCUGAUUUGACGAUUAGCACGUUGGAUGGGUCUAAAAUCAAGGUACACCGAACCAUGCUGGCCGGGCAGUCUGCGUACUUCAGGUGCCUAACGAGCCCCAAGUGGAGCCGGAAGACCAUUUCCCUGCGGCCGGGAUUCGUGGACCUGUUAAAUGAGAAGAAGGCUGUGGAGUGGCUGGUCCAUCACAUGUAUUGCGGCCUCAGACACCUGGAGGACUGGCGGCAGGCCGUAGAUGUGCUUCACCUCGCUCACAUGUGCUUCCUCCCCAUGGCUUCCCUUCUGGCCACGGAGGUGUUAAUACAUCAGAUCACUAACGAGAACUUCCCGUACGUCUUCAACGGCGCUGUGGUCAACUGGAACAAACACCUGACGGCCGCGUGCGAGAAGUACCUCAAGAGUCGUACUGAUGAGAUACUCGCCCUGGAGCCCAUGGUCACGAUCACCCGCAUGGCUCUCGAAACCCUCCUGUGGUCCCCUGCGCUCCAGCCCUCCUCGGAGUUGCUCGUCCUUGCCUUCGUCGUCAAAUGGGGGAAGCACAGUCUGUCGAGACCCAAGGGAAGGAAGUUAGACCCUACCAAUGUAAGUUUUGUCGGGUCAACUACCACUGCCACUACUACCGCUAUUACCACCACUAUCACCGCGACUGCUACCUCCACCACCACCGUCGUUACCCCCUCCACCACCAGCGCACCCGCCACCUCCAAAUCCCCAACCACCCCCACCACUCCCAAUACUCCCAACACCACCGAAACCCAGACCACCCAAAGCCAGAAGAAGAAGAGGAAGAGCAGCUACAGCCAAAGUCCGUCCCAUUUACUUCCCCCCGAACCUGAGCUUGAAUUCAACGUAGCCCUUCGCAUAGAGGUGGCGGGGUUCCUUCCAGGCAUCCGCUUUCUCACCCUGACCGCCGCGCAGAUCCUUCAAACGGUGGUGAACUAUAACAUCUUUCGCAGCUCCGAGAUCAUCGCUAUAUUACUUUUCAAGAUGUGUGUUCCUGGUUCCAACUUGUCCAGGCAUCUUAGCUCCUUAGAUCGAAAAUCGCGAUGCAUGGAGGGGACUGGGGAGGGGGGGACAAAACGCACAGAGGUGAAGAAAGUUAAAACCUCGCCUGUUUGGAGGUAAACUUGCCAUGCCAUUUAUUAGUGUUUUAGAUGCACUUUAAUAUUUCUUGGUAAUCGUGGCCUCCAAUUAGUUUCAGUUUAUUUAUAGUCUCGUAAAGGAUAGUUAUAAUGUUUUAAAUCCACCCAUUACUCUAUAUUUCGAGUGUUCUUUUAAUUCAGCUUUCAUUCAUUUGUUUUAUUAAGUUUUAUUGAAGGUUUGUGUUCGAGUUUGUGCUUUAUUGUUUUAUGUAUGUCCUCCGUGGUGUGUUUGUGUGUGCUUGUGUGUUGCGUUUGUUUUGUAGAAUUUAAAUAAAACUACAUCUUUUAAUACUCGAUAUGUCAA